CUUUGCAGCACACCUUGCACAACUUAAUUGAGGACCCAUCCAAGAUGGAGAAGAUUAAGUUCAAUUAUAUUGUUCAGAUUUAUAGGAUUUGCAGCAAUCUCAUUGGAAUUGGAAUGGAAUUAAUGGAUAAUGGAUCAUUUGAGAAAAUGCUUCCAACUCAUGUCCUCAGCUGGCAGUUGAUAUUUCGUUUUAUUCAUGAAAUAGGGCUAGGCAUGACUUUUCUGCAUAGCAUGAAACCCCCACUUCUUCAUUUGGAUCUAAAACCAGGGAAUAUUCUUCAGGAUAGUCAUUUACACGUGAAGUAUUCAGCAAUCUUGGAUUGUCAGAGAGCAGAGAGGGUCAGCAGAUGUGGGACAAAAAGGAACCAGCACUUUGGAUCAGAUGAAUGUGAAGAUACUACUAUGGCAAAAUAUGAUUGUUUGGCAAUAGAGAGUAGUAUUACCAUACAACUUUACUUAUCUAUAUCUGUGUGCCUGGUUAAUAUAACACUUUUCCGAUCAGUUAUAUUUCCACACAUAUAAUGAAAUGUGUGCUCUAUAACAUGUCAUUUUGAAUGUUUGAGUUAUUAGAGGUUUGCAUCUUGUUACAGACUUGUAAUUAAAUUAAAUGAAAAAGCUAAUUAAAAGGUCCUCAGAAAAUGCCCCUCAAGAGACAGAGAGGAAUAAAUAUCAAAAAUGUCUUUAAAUGAAAUGGAAAUGGAGUGUGAAACAUUGCAGGCAAUGAAAAGUGUUCUGUACCUUGCAUAAAAUAAAUUCCCUUGAUUCUUA